CCACGUUUCAACUUUAACCUUUCCCCGCUGCCGCCUUCUUUCUCUUCCGGUGCAAGCUUCGGCUUCAGGCACUGAAAAUGGUCCAACGUCUGACAUACCGGCGUAGGCUGUCCUACAAUACAGCCUCUAACAAGACCAGGCUGUCCAGGACACCUGGCAACAGGAUUGUAUAUCUUUAUACUAAGAAAGUUGGCAAGGCACCAAAGUCUGCAUGCGGUGUAUGCCCAGGAAGACUUCGUGGUGUCCGCGCUGUUCGUCCAAAAGUUCUUAUGAGACUUUCCAAAACAAAGAAACACGUUAGUAGAGCUUACGGAGGUUCUAUGUGUGCUAAAUGUGUUCGUGACAGAAUCAAGAGAGCAUUCCUUAUUGAGGAACAGAAGAUUGUUGUCAAAGUACUGAAGGCACAAGCACAGAGUCAAAAAUCAAAGUGAUUAUUUGUAUUCUCACCUAAUAAAUGAAGAUUUAAAUAAUCUA